UACGGCAGUCCUCUGUGAGACCUUGAAGGGAGAGGUGCCGCCGCCUGCCUCCCUCCCUGCCUCCCUCACUCCCUCUCCCCGCCUCGCUGCCUCGCCGCUCCUCCACUAGAUACCGUGGCCCCACCAGCAGCCCUUGAAGAUGACCUUAAAUCCGCAGUUCCAACAGAUCGGGGAGACCUUUGUCAAACAGUACUACCUUAUUUUUGACGGCGAGAGAGAAGGCAGGGAGAAGCUGGCAAACUUCUAUCACGCAGAACUGUCUUUAAUGUCCUUUGAGGGAGUCCAGGUGCAAGGAGCCGUUCAAAUCCUGGAGAAGAUUAAGAGCUUGACCUUCAACAAAAUAGCCCGAGCCAUCACUACUGUUGACUGCCAGCCCACGUUUGACGGCGGCGUUUUAGUCAACAUUCUCGGACAGUUGAAGAUGGAUGAGGACCCGGUACAUGGAUUUUCCCAGACAUUUGUCCUCAAACCUAUGAAUGAUUCUUUCUUCAUCCAGCACGAUUCCUUCCGCCUGGUCAUCCAUAAUAACUAGAGGAUCACCCACCCACCCACCCGCCCACCUGCCCACCUGCCCCUCGAGCAGCUCACCACCACCAUCCCAGCAGCCCCUGGCUCAUCCUCACCAGUCAUGGCCUCGCACUCAGAGUCUUACAGUGGCAGAGUCAGUAUUUGUUACUCAAUCAGGGUAGAGUACGUCCCAGGCGUGCCUGCCAGGGAAGCUUGGGGAACAGAGAAACUGGAGGAUGUGUUCACAAUGUUUUUUGUUGAUGAUUCUUCUUGCUAUGAUGCCUUGCUUCCCAGUAGAAGGAAAGGGCCACCCAGCAUAUCAUGAUGACUUGUAACCUAAUGCCACUUCAGACUUUGUAGACUCCUUACUGAUGUGAUGAGCUAGAGAGAGAGAGAGAGAGAGAGAGAGAGAGAGAGAGAGAGAGAGAGAGAGAGAGAGAGAGAGAGAGAGAGUACACGUGCAGUGUGUACGUGUGCCAUAAGAGUAAGAGGGAGGUUGCCUGAUUAAGGAAUGCCCUACAGGAAGCAGUGUAGUUUAAAGAGAAUGUUUUGACAUAUUGCUGCAGAGUUUACAGUACUUACUAGUAAGUGUUACUGUUGAACUCACUAUGCUGCUUAUUGAGCAUUGCUUGAAGGGGAACUUGUAGCUUAUUUUAAUUUUCCAGUUUUUUGUUUUCUCGUGUAGUGCAAUGUGUAAUUUUGGGAAUGUUUUAUGGAGACAUUGUUUGGUUACUUGUCUCUCUUAAGCAUCAUUUGAAAUUUUUGACUGUGCUUUCCAUUGUGCUAUUGAGCUUCCUUCCACACUGGGCCUGUCGCUGCUGCCUGGUGUGACGUUGCUGUCCUGACCGGCGUGUGAGGGCGGCUGACGGGCCAUCCUGGUGGACUUCAAGCUCUGCUGAAGAUCGAUGGGGGCUGGCAGGGUUAAAAUAUAGGCUCAAAAUGGUUCAUCUCAUUGUUAGUACUUAGCACCAACACAACCUUCUUGCCUUGUUGAUAGUAUUAAGUAUUGUCCAUGUAAUUAUUACCAUGUCAUAAGCCAGUUGAUAGGAGAUUGUUUCCCGUGAGUGGAAACGGAAUAUUUUGGAGGUCGUACAUGACAGUGAGGAAUGCUGAAUGUUUGUGGUCUCUGGGAGGGAGCUUCAUUUCUGUCCAUCUUACUGUCAUGUUUUGCUGAUUGGCUGCAGAUGUAACAAAGACUAAAAUAUUGCCAGAUAAUUUUGUGUGGUAGCUUUUGGUAUGAAAUGAAUCAUAUCUGAAUGAACAUGCUUUUUAAGAUAAGUUUGUUUGUGAUUGAAGUACCUUAGGUUUUGCUGAACAACACACCUCUCUCUGGUAUCUCCCUAGAGAAGACAUUGGUAAGAGAUGUAUUGUUUCCAUUUCAUCAUUUCAGACUUAAAACAAAUCAACAAACACCACAUCGGAAUUGCUACAAGUGCAUGCACUCAGUUGGUUAUCCAGUGACCUCAGUAUAGAUAUAAUGUAAUGUGCUGUUUUCUAUCUAAAUGAAUUUGUAUGAUGAUUUUGUAUGAACUUUAUGCCUAGUAUGUAUUGACUUACACAGGGUGGACUCACUAUUUUGCAUGACUGAUCGGGGAACCUUGUUGUUAUCACAGGAAUGUUGAGAGGAGAGGCACACUGUUGGCAUUAACAUCAAGGAUUGCCUGCUUUCUCAGUGCUGAAUAGACAUAGCAAAAGGAAAGUUUAGUGUUUUGUAUUGAAAUAACAUUGUAUCUUAGCAGUGUGGGGAGAAGAGUGUGUGAAUGGGUUGGUUUGGUGUGGGCUGACUGCAAGGCAUUUGGGACCAGGGAUGCCAUUCUCCUCGUGGAAAAAAAAAGGAAGAAAAAUUCAAGCUACCAUUACCACAAGUUUAUCCAUUUGAUUGAAAUACAGUAAUUUUCUUAA